CAAAAUAAACUAUGUUUAUGUUAUUUACAGUUCAGCUUGGAUUUUAUUUUAUGCGCUGCAUAGAUUUGCUGUGUGAAGACAAAAAUGGAAAAGUGUAUGAUUGCGCAAGCGUUUAGACUAGAAUGAACACUGGCCUCCACCCACUGCACAAACAGGUUUUAUAGCAGCUCAAAUGCUUUUAGCUAAAAGAAAGUGAAAUUGAUCUGAGACUCAUUCGCUGCGAGAGAGUAAAAUGGCUCAGACAAGAGUUCAGUUAAACCAAAAAACCUUCUCUUGUUCCAUCUGUCUGGAUCUACUGAACGAUCCAGUGACUAUUCCCUGUGGACACAGCUACUGCAUGAACUGUAUUAAAAAAUCGUGGGAUGAAGAAGACGGUAAGAGACUCUACAGCUGCCCUCAGUGCAGACAGAGCUUCACACCGAGGCCUGUCCUGGUGAAAAACACCAUGUUAGCAGAGUUAGUGGAGCAGCUGAAGAAGACUGGACUCCAAGCUGCUGCUGCUGAUCACUGCUAUGCUGGACCUGGAGAUGUGGCCUGUGAUGUCUGCACUGGGAGGAAACUGAAAGCUGCCAAGUCCUGUCUGAUGUGUCUGGUCUCUUACUGUGAGACUCACGUCCAGCCUCAUUAUAAUUCCUCUGCCUUUGAGCAACACAAGUUGGUGGAGCCCUCCCAGAAGCUGCAGGAGAACAUCUGCUCUCGUCACCACAGAGUGAAGGAGCUUUUCUGUCGUACUCAUCAACAGUGUAUCUGUCAUCUCUGCCCUAUGGAUGAACAUAGAGGCUACGGCACAGUCUCAGCUGUAGCAGAGAGGACUGAGAGGCAGAGAGAGCUCGAAGGGAGUCGACAGGAAAUCCAGCAGAGAAUCCAGGACAGAGACAAAGAGGUGAAGGUGCUUCAACAGGAGGUGGAGGCCAUCAGUCGCUCUGCUGAUCAAACAGUGGAGAACAGUGAGAAGAUCUUCACUGAGCUCAUCCGUCUGAUGGAGAAAAGAAGGUCUGAGCUGAAGCAGCAGAUCAGAUCCCAGCAGGAAACUGAAGUGGGUCGAGUCAAAGAGGUUCAGGAGAAGCUGAAGCAGGAGAUCACUGAGCUGAAGAGGAGAGACGCUGAGCUGGAGCAGCUCUCACACACAGAGGAUCACAUCCAGUUUCUACACAUCUACCCGUCACUGCCAGCACUGAGUGGAUCCACACACUCAUCCAGAACCAACACCCGUCCUCUGAGAUACUUUGAGGACGUGACAGCAGCUGUGUCAGAGCUCAGAGACCAAAUACAGGAGGUUCUGGGGACGAUGUGCACAAACAUCUCACUGACAGUGACUGAAGUGGAGGUUUUGCUGUCAGGACCAAAAGCAGAAUCUAAGAGCAGAGCUGGGUUCUUCAAGUAUUCCUCUGAAAUCACACUGGAUCCAAACACAGAAAACAACUGGUUAUUAUCUGAGGGUAACAGAAAAGUCACAUAUAAGAGUCAACAACAGUUUUAUAUUCAUCAUCCAGAGAGAUUCACCAAGUGGCCUCAGGUUCUGAGCAAAGAGAGUUUAACUGAACGUUGUUACUUUGAGGUGGAGUGGAGAGGGAAAGGAACGGUGUUUAUAGCAGUCACAUACAAGAACAUCAGCAGAGCAGGACGUGGGGCUGAAUGUGGAUUUGGAUUUAAUGAUAAAUCCUGGGCAUUAAUAUGUAACAAUACCGGUUAUGAAUAUGGUUACAAUAACAUUGUCACUCCAGUCUCAGGUUCUCCAUCCUCCAGAAUAGGAGUGUACCUGGAUCACAGAGCAGGUCUUUUGUCCUUCUACAGUGUCUCUGAAACCAUGACUCUCCUCCACAGAGUCCAGACCACAUUCACUCAGCCUCUCUAUGCUGGACUGUAUGUUUGGGGUCAUAAUGCCACAGCUGAGAUCUGUAAACUCAAAUAGACUAAAGUCAUUUAAGAUGCAGGUUAAACGUGACCUUAGCUUCAUCUUGUAAUCCUUCUUUUUCAUUAGUUCAGUUUUGUUUCACGCAGAAAAAUACAAGCGUAACUAAACUCGUCAUUACAAACUAUGUGAGUAGAAUCUUUACGUUUAUUGGUAAGAUGUGUUUUUUUUCCUCUUAACUGUUGCUGUUAAAUUGUAAUUAAUUACAUUUUAAGACUUAAUGUACAGUAUGUGGGAUUUGUUGGGUUUAGUUGUGUACAGUAAUAAACCUUAACUUGUAAAGUA